AUGGGCUCAAAAAAUGGUGCUUCUCCGAAAGAUGACGAUGUUGGCCUUGCUAAAUCGCUAACAUUGAUUAAUGGUGUUUCUAUAAUCGUCGGAUGUAUCAUUGGGUCUGGGAUAUUCGUGUCUCCGACAGGUGUCCAGGAAAAAGCAGGAAGUGUCGGAUUGUCGCUGAUUAUUUGGGUUGCUUGCGGUUUGUUCGCUACGAUUGGUGCAUACUGUUAUGCCGAACUUGGCACUUUAAUUCACAAGUCGGGUGGAGAUUAUGCAUAUAUUAUGGAAUCAUUUGGGCCAUUUCUGGCUUUCAUACGUCUCUGGGUUGAAGCUGUGGUAGUAAGACCGUGUACUUGCACAGUUGUGGCGUUGACUUUUGCGAUUUACAUGCUGCGACCGUUUUAUCCGAAUUGUGAACCGCCUGGCGGACUUCCGGCUUUGCUUGCAACAAUUUUGCUUAUAAUUCUCACGGCAAUAAAUUGUAUAUCAAUACGAUUAGCAACUUUCGUUCAAGAUUUUUUCACUGUUGCAAAGCUUUUUGCACUGUGUUUGAUUAUUGGGACUGGUGCAUUGCUAUUAAUAUCAGGGAAACCACAGUACAGGGAAUCGUUUGAAAACAUAUUCGAGAAUACGACGCCUGACAUUGGAACUGCGUCUCUGGCAUUUUAUUCCGGUCUUUUUGCAUAUCAAGGAUGGAACUAUCUGAAUUUCAUCGUUGAGGAGUUGCAGAAUCCGAGACGGAAUUUACCACUGGCAAUUGCCAUAUCAUGUACUCUGUGCACGGUAAUCUAUACGUUAACGAAUGUUGCUUUAUAUACGGUCAUCACCCCUGAUGAAAUGCUGAGUAGUCCAGCAGUUGCCGUUGAAUUCGCUAACAAAAUGUUUGGACCAUUUGCCUUUGUAAUGCCUUUAUUUGUUGCCUGCUCAACAAUUGGCUCAGCAAAUGGAGUAAUUUUCACUUCAUCGAGACUGUUUUACGUUGGAGCACGGGAAGGACACAUGCCGAUGGUUUUAACAAUGAUCAAUAAAAAUACCCGUACACCUAUUCCUGCAGUCAUUUUCACGGGGCUUCUUUCCAUAGCAUUCCUUGCUUUAUCGGACAAUAUCUUUUCGCUUAUCAAUUAUAUCCAAAUAGUAUAUUGGUUGGCUAUUGCCUGCGUAGUUGCAGCGCUGUUCUGGUUACGAAAAAAAAUGCCGGAUGCUGAAAGGCCUAUUAAGGUCAAUCUCGCCUUCCCGAUAAUUUUUCUCCUUGGAUGUAUUGCUUUAGUGGUUGUCCCUAUCGUUGGUUCACCGAAGGAUACAGCAAUUGGUAUUGGAAUAAUGCUUACCGCGAUUCCUGUUUAUUUGAUAUUUGUGGCAUGGAGAAGUAAGCCUGAAUGCUUUGAGACGGCUUCAGAAAUAAUGACCAAGUUCAUCCAGAAGUUGUUUAUUGUUGUGGACGAUACGAAGGAAUCAUAA